UGGCAACGUCAUGAACUCUAUUUCGAAAAGUGCCGUUAGUUUCGGUUAUAUGAAUUUAUUUUUGAUUUUGUUUUAUAUUUCACAAUUAAUCCAAUUAACAUUAAAGUUUUCGUUUAAAUGAGUGAAUAAUUAGAACGAUAAAUGGAUUUAAAUUUAGCUACAUGCCUUUUCACUGGGCUUUCUACAGACUACUUGCAGGGCAAGCAAUAUGACAAUGAGGAAGGUCGUUUUACCACAGCAAAUAAACAAGUAAUAUUUGCAAAGGAUGUUGUAAAAUUUGUGCGACGUAAAGAACUGCGUAGAAUACCCAAUCCUUUAGAAAUUUCGGAAGAAUACUUCAAAUAUGUAUUCCGACUUGACAGAUGGCUUUAUCAGGAUUUCUUACUUAUUCUUUGCCUCCGAACUUAUUAUCGACCAGAGACUGAUACCAAUCGUAUACCAUUUGAUUUGCGCGUAUUAGCGACGCUUUCCUAUUUGGCACAUGGUCAUUUUGAAGCUCUCAAACCACUAGCGGCUUUUAGGGGCCUGACACAGAAUAUGCUUCUAUUUUGUGUGCCACAAGUGUGUCAAAAAAUUGUACAUUUUAUGGCAACAGAUUUUGUUAGUUUCCCAUCAAACAAUGAUGAAACAAUAGAUAUUAAGAAUGGUUUUAGGACAAAAUAUGGUAUACCACAUGUAGUCGGAGUUAUGGAUUGUUUUCAUGUGCGUAUUGCUAAUGUAGCUGAAAGAAGACAAAAAACUUUCCAGUGCAGGCAUGGAAAUUUAUCUAUAAAUGUUCAAGUGAUCUGCGAUCAUGAACACCGUUUUUUGAAUGUAAACCCUCGUGCGCCGGGCGGAUCUAGUGAUAUUUUUGUUUGGAGACGUAGUCACAUACGUGGAAUCAUGAAAUCCUUAUUUUCAAAAGAUCCAGCAUGGCUAAUAGCGGAUCGCGGCUACAAAUUGGAAGAUAUUCUCAUUAAUCCUUAUAGGAAUCCAAAGUCUCCACCAGAACUUUAUUUUAAUGAAGUCGUAGCCGGAAUCCUGAAUGGCUUGGAUACAGCUGUUGUCAUGCUAACGUCACGUUUUCGCUGCCUUAAAACUAUUUUGCCCUAUGACCACCAGGCGGCUGCUAAUAUUGUCACUACAUGUGUUACAAUACACAAUUAUUUGCUAUCCAAAGGAUCCCUGAUGGACGAACAUGUAAUGUCAAACGUUCCUAAACGUAAACCACUGCCAAAUGCAUACUCGGAAGAUGUAUGGUCCACUGGUUAUAAAAAUCGUGAAUGUAUUAAACGAUAUUUGGAGGAAAAUAAUUGAUUUUAUUUUUAAAGUCUUUGUAUGAUGGAUUUUAUAUUGCGUUAUUUAUUUCUAGAAAAUUUUGGUUCCAGCAAUUCUUGUCUACUAAAUUUAAAAUGUGUCAUGUAUUAUUUAUUUCUGUUUAAUCCUAUUGAAUUUUUAAUGCAUGAAUUGUUUUUUUUUUUGUUUUUUUUUUUAAUGGUAUUGUCACAGUCUUAAGUUUUUUAUGCAUGACUCGCAGCAGCGCUAAUAAUUUUUAUUGAAAAUUAUGUACUUAAUGUUUAAUUGCUCGUGAUUGCAUUCGUUUUGUGAAAGAAAAUAUUUGUGUUUAUUUAUGUUGUAACAGUGUUGUAACUUCCGAAAUAUACUGCUGUUUAUGU